AUAUUGAUAUUCCUAAUAAUUUACGUCAAACAAUUCAUGGGAAGCAAUUUCUGGCUAAAGAUAUUAAAUAUAUACAUGCUUUAGUUGGUGGAAAUAAUAAUACAACUAUUUUUUCUAUAGUUUAUGUCUUAAUAACAAACAAAUCUGAAGAAAGUUAUUUACGCUUUUUUCAAGAAUUAAUUGAAUUAGGUAAAACUUCCAGUUAUUCUUUAUCUCUACCAUUAAUUCUAUCUGACUUUGAACAGACCAUUAUUAGUGUAUCUCAAAUUAAAUUUUCUAAUAUGGUUAACAAAUGUUGCUUCUUCCAUUUCACUCGAAAUUUAUGGAGAAGAAUUCAAUUUGCAGGGUUGUCUGUUGAAUAUGGAACUAAUGAAGAUUUAA